CAGCGUGUGACUUUUACAAAGCGCUUCCUGCUGUCCGAGGUAGCAUUCCUCCUGGACUGACUACAAGGCAGCUUCUCUCAGGUUCUGGUGAGAGCUAUGAUUUAUCAAGGUGUAUACAGAACUCCCUCUCUGUGGUGCAGGUUACACUCUACCUAUGUUAGAAAAAUGCGAUACUUGUUUGAGCUAAAGGAAGAUGAUGGGAUCUGUAGGCAAGCCCAAAACUCAGGAACAUUCUACCUCUUUCACAAUCUCUCUCCAUUCGUUAAGAAAGUCGGGAGCAAGUACUUGGCACCACAGAUAAGUGUAGCAGAAAUGAAAAGCAUGCUGGGGAAGUUCAAACAGAAUGAACAGAUGAUAGAGGACUCGGUGCUGAUUGGCUGUUCAGAUGAAUGCAUGGCAUACUUUGCCCUGGAUCUAGGAUCUUUGGAGAAAUCUGUCAUUGAAUCUGAAUUGAGUGGGUCAUUUACCGAAUUACGGAAGGCUUUCUUUCAACUAGAUGGGAAAGAUGCACCCUUGUUGUCCUCGGCUCAGGCUCUUCUUCGUUGGCAUGACACCCAUCAGUACUGUAGCAAAACUGGGCAGCCUACCCAGAAGAACCUAGCUGGCAGCAAGCGUGUUUGCCGUACCAAUGGAAUAAUUUAUUAUCCACAGAUGUCCCCAGUGGUUAUCACUUUGGUGUCUGAUGGGAGCCGGUGCCUUCUUGCCCGACAGGCGUCAUUCCCAAAGGGGAUGUACAGUGCUCUGGCAGGCUUCUGUGAUGUGGGUGAGACUCUGGAGGAGACAGUCCGACGGGAGGUAGCAGAAGAGGUGGGAUUGGAGGUGGAGUCUCUGUGGUAUUCUGCUUCUCAGCACUGGCCCUUUCCCAACAGCUCCCUAAUGAUAGCUUGUCAUGCCAUGGUGCAGCCACAACAGACCAAGAUCAGUGUGAACAAACUGGAGUUGGAAGCAGCCGGCUGGUUCAGCCUGGAGGAGAUAGUGGAAGCACUCGGCCGGGAGCCUAACCCUUUGAAACAAGAGGAUGGCAGCUUUUCACUUUUUCUGCCACCCAAGUGGGCCAUAGCCCACCAACUGAUUCAGGAGUGGGUUAAGCUGCAGGCUUCCUUGCCUGCUUAGGCACAGUCUAUCACACCUUUAUUUUAGCAGGUAAAAACAAGUGAGGACAAGUUCUCAUAGUGAUGACCCAGCCAGAAUGGCUCAUAAACCAUCUUAUAUUCAAGUACACCUAGGGCCACAGAUGCAUAUUUGGAUAAAUCCCAACAACUCUGGUACACAAAGAACCAUCAAUUAGAUACAAUACUGUAAGUUUCAGUAAAUCUUAAAAAAACAAAACCAAAAGCCCAAAGCACUAGAUGUUACCAAACCAGCUACAAGCCUGAAUCAUAGACCUCAGAAUGGUCAAACCCUACUACAUGCGUUUCCUAGAUGCCCCUUAGAAUAAAGGAUUCCACUCAUUUCCCUCUAUUUUACCCCCUCAGACAUCUCUGAUGUCACACAAUAGAGCUUCACUCUUUUUGACAGAGGACUAGGUGGGAUUCCAUUUAGGAUCUCUCAGUGUUGGUCCUAGUGCUUCUCUUGUGUUUUUUGAUCAAGUGUGAGAAUAGUGAAAGUGCAAAUUUCAUUGUUUCCUCCUUCCAUUGCUUCCCUGCCCCAUCGAGUCUCCCACUAUGCUCAUCUUCAUACAAAAAUACCCUUGAUUUCCUUUGCUGCUAAAGAGGUACAUUUGUUCAUAUUGGACUUAGCAGCUAAAGGUAUCACGCGGCCUUCCCUCAGUGCUGGGCACAUUGCCUCUACAGCUUUCCAUUCUCAGGGAGCAAGAUUUGGUGAUAAACAGCAGAGGAACAACACCUGCAUAAAGCUUUAACUUGCUUGAUAUUCUGGAAGAGCUGCCAUGACUCAAACAGUAAUAGAAAUCGCUGAGAGCCCAAGAAACACAUUUCUGCCUCAGUCCAUGGGAUAUCACUCUUAACUCCAUGCAUUGCUUAGCUACAGAGCAUUUCUGUGGAGCAGAAAGAGCCCAGUCACAAGGUUCAAGGGCUUGGCUAGAUGCUUGCUCCUCUUGUACUGGUGGAAUAGCAGGUUAUCACCCUCUGGGAGGCCCGCUGAAGCAUAGCUUUGGGCAGGCAGAGACUAAUAAUGGAGUUACCUGGAUUUCUGAUUUACUGGUAAUUAAACUGGAAGAAUUCAGGGUGGCUGUACCUUCUGCUUACUUGCUUGAGUUCCUGGGAAAAUGCACAGAUGCCCACAUUUUGAGGCUAUUAGUUUGGACACUUGGAGGGAGAAGUUCAUUUUUAAUCCUCACCAAUUGAUCCUGCUCCUGGCCAAACACUGCUAACUACUUAUUUUCUUUAGUCACACAUGUAACAGUCUGGCAUCCAGCUUUCUUUAAAAUGUAACUUACUGUAGCACUGCUGGUUUGUUCUUUAUCCUUUCUCUGCAUGUGUGAUGCCUGGGUUCUCUCUUUCUGGCUCUUCCUCUCCUCAUCCUCUCUUUUCCUUGCUGGAAUAAAGGGGAAUUAGGAAUGAGGUAGAGAAUGAGUGUAGAUCAGUCUUGUCUUCUCAUUCCCAUUUUCUAUUGUUUUCUAGCCUGCCUCUGCAACCUGUUUUUCUCAUGUGCACAACACUCUUCCAUACAUCAACUUCUCCAUCCCUCCUCCUGUACCCCUCUCUCUCACACCCUCACAAAUCUACUCAACCAUGACUACUGAUUAUGGAGAGGCAGAGCAAACUGUGAGUAGCUCAGGGCAGCACAAGGCAAUGACAAGAAGAAAAGGAGUGGCUCAGACAGAUGAGAUGAGAAACUCAUAAUUGCAGUGUAGUCCACAUGUCAAAACUUAAAAGGAAAAAAGUGUUUCGGUAUGUCAAAGAAAUGUGGAAAUUUUUUGCAACUUCUGCAUCCUGUGGGAUUUAUUUUUAGGACAAAACAGGGUGUGUACCUCUUCAUUAUCUUUCUCCAAGUUUUAUAAAUAUACAAUAUAUAUUUACCAUGUAUGUUUGUCAGUAAGCCGUAGAACGAUCUGGUAGAGACAUACAGCUAUCUUGAGAGUAUGCUGCGUGCGAGGCCUCUUAAGUACUGAGAAUGCAUCAGUGUGUUGCUCUGUUAAGUUUUUACAAUUAAUACUUCCAAAUGAAUUUUAAUUAGGAGCAUAAACACACAAAGUCCAUUUUUCAAAGUCACUAAAGAAUGUUUACAUUUACACAAAUGCCACAGCAAUCUUUAGCUUCAAACAGCUUUACAUCUUGUUGCCUCUCAGCCUUUUCAACCUUUGUCUCUUCUACUCUGCUGCCAAGGACUAUUUAGUGGGACUUCCUUUGGGUGACCACCAAACACAGCAAUCUAAAAAAUCAGCACUGCUUCCUCCACCCUUCUAACAAAGAUGAGGGGAGAAGCCCAGCUGGGGGAGGAGCUGCUGUCAUCCCCCAUCUCCACAGUGUUUGAUGCUGAAGUUGCCCUGUGCUCUCUAGAGUCCAGGCUGCUCCUCUCUGACCAGCUGGCCUUUCAGCUCCGGUUGGGGUUCCUGUAGUGCAGGCCUCCCACUCUCAAAUCUGGGACUUCUUCAGCCACAUAUGUCAUUGAACACAUUUGACUACCUGGAUUUGUUUUGCUCUCUGCCAGUCCAAAGCCAAAAAACAAAACAACCUCCCCCCUCCCCACCUUUCUUAAUUUUCAAAAAGGAAGACUCUGGCAAGCCCCACUCCAGCCACAGAGGAUUCACACUUGAUCUAAAAGUACUGAUGAUGCAGUGGGACUUGGGAGAAACUGCAUGCACAGACAGGUAGAUAAAGCGCUGAGGUGCUCAUUUUCCCUUCCACUGCUGCAGGAGAUCUCACAUUUGCUCCCAGUGAGUUAGGAAACUAAAUUACCACCUAACAUCUGAAUUACUUAAUUAUUAUCCAAGAUUAGACAUCUUAAUAGGAAUUAGAAUACUGUGGGCUGGCUAUGAUGCUGCUAGAAUGUGUGCUGCAUGAAGAGGAGUGAAGAUACAUUAUCUUCCUGCCUAAAAUAGCACACUUGCAGCUAAUUAAUCCAUUCAUGCUAAGAUCUGUCCCAGGCUUCAGGCCACAAGUAGGAAAAAGUUAAAUUGUCAGAAGUUCUACAUAAAUACUUCCACAACAGAAGCGGAUAUGCAACUGAACCAGGGAAUUUUAUCACAUCCAAAACUUUGACAGCAAAAGUUAAGAAACACUGUUCCUCCCCACUUGGUUACCACACUGGGAUACUAUCAGACUCCACUCAUCAUAAAAUCCUAUUAUAAUUAAAAGCAAAAAUGUUUUAGUACAUUAUUCCAAAAGUCAGAAAGGCAAGAUGGCAAUGUUUAUUAAAGCAUUUAACUAAUCUUAUAUGCUGAAUUCUAAUGUGGGUAAUUGUACAACACCCUGAGAUAAGAGUUGAUAAAUAUAAAUGGUUGGAAUAAAUACAAUUCUUAAUGACAGGGAUUUAACUAAGACAGAUAAAAUCAAGACAUCAGCAGUAGGAGAGCCUAGAAGAAACUGCAGCAGUUUUGCUCUGUCUUUUACAUUUACCAUUAAUAAUUUAGGAUAUUUUUCACCUUGUCUCUGUACAGAUAGUCAAAUUCUGGCACUUACAGCAUCUUAUUAGAGAUCCAUAAAACUCUACAAAUGUGGGCAAACUAUUAAUUGUACAAAUGAGAAAACAGACACAGGCCAAGGUAUCUCAGCAAGGUUGUGGCAGAGCCUCAGCCAGUGACUUCACUGGAAGUAUGACAAUUUAAACCAUUUUAAAGAUUUUCUAACUUUCAACUCACCUGGUCUGGGAAGUGGACAGAUUGCCUCUCUUAUAACAGAGAUCUAAUUGGGAAAAGUUUUCAACUAGCAAUAAUCGCGCCUCGGAUUAACCUCAUAAGCUACGAUACUGCCACUGCGCAAAGGUGACUGGAAUACUGGUAUGACAUUCAACAUAAGCAGUACAGAAACCAGUUACUAAUCUCUUCUUUAGCAUCAAGAAAAUGGCAGAUUUUUUGUACUUU